AUGUCCUUAGAGGACAUAGUGAAGAGUUUGGCAACUAGUACACAAGCUUUCCAACAAGAGACAAAAGCAAGCAUAAAGAACUUAGAGAAACAAGUUUCACAGCUUGCUACUUCCAUAAGCAAAUUAGACUCUCAAGGAAAGUUACCUGCAAAAACUGAAACAAACCCAAGGCACAACGUGUGUGCCAUCACAUUGAGAGGCGGAAAGAGCUAUGAUGGUCCAAAAGUGUCGGUUGAUCAAAAGGAAGAAGAAAGAGUGGUCGAAGAGGCAACCAAAGAAGAGAAGAAGGAAGAGAAAACAAUCGAAAAGAAGCCCUUCAUCGCUGAGUCUAAAGCCACACCUGCUCCAUUUCCCGAAAGAUUAAAGAGCACGAAGAAAGAACGGGAGGAGAAUGAGAUCAUGCAAAUGUUCAAGAGAGUUCAAAUCAACAUUCCACUCCUCGAGGCCAUCAAACAGGUACCUAGAUAUGCAAGGUUCCUUAAGGAUCUUUGUGUAUCUAAAAAGAAAUUAAAAGGAAAUCAAGUCAUAACAGUUGGGGAACAUGGAUCCGCAGUUUUGCAAAAGAGGAUGCCCCCAAAGUGCAAAGAUCCUGGUGUCUUUACCGUGCCUUGCAAAUUGGGGAAUCUUCAUGUACCCCGAGCCAUGCUCAAUCUAGGUGCAUCCAUAAAUGUCCUACCAUAUUCUCUUUUCAAAUCAAUUGGUGUAGGAACAUUGAGCAAAAACGGUGUGAUCAUCAAACUUGCCGACCGGUCUUUGGUACACCCAAAGGGUGUACUAGAGGACGUGUUAUUGCAAGUCGAUGAAUUUAUCUUCCCGGCUGAUUUUUAUGUCUUAGAUAUGGGAGAUGAUGACUCUCCAAGUUCAAGUUCCAUACUUUUAGGUAGACCUUUUCUUAAAACUUCCAAAACAAAAUUUGAUGUCUACAAUGGAACUUUAAGUAUGGAAUUUGAUGGUCAAGGAAAACUAGACAGGGACAAAGCCAAAGAGCUUGCAAAGGAGGUCGAUAUGGACAAUGAGGUGUUGGAGAGUUUCGAGUUUAUUGAUGACAAGAAGCAUGUGAGGAGUGAUGAUAUAAAACCCAAGCCAUCCACCAAAGUCAAAAUCCUUCCACUGGUGGAACAAGCACUAGAUCCGGGAGCAAAAACUCCACCGAACCCUUUAAAGCUAAUACAUGUCGAGAAGGAGAGCACCCAAACACUCAUCAACUCGAAUAAACUAUCGAAGAAGGCAAAGAAUGAGUUGAUAACCCUGCUGAAUAAAUACCAAAAAGGGACUAAGUGGAUAAUCUCCGAUAUUAAAGGUUUAAGUCCUUUUUGUUUUAUGCGCAAAAAGAAAGCCAAAGGAAGGUUGAAGGUUCCGUUGAAGGAGGUGGCGAGAAGAUUGAUGUGUUGGAGAGGCCCACAUACUUAG